UUGUGAUGUAAGCAGUCUCUGCUUUCAAUAAUUAGAUUUUCGAGAUAAUAAAAGUUAACGUGAUAUAUUAUACGAUCUUGCGCUUGAAAUAUUGAAUUCUCCUCGAUAAUAUAUAUACGAAAGAGAGAGAGAGAGAGAGAGAGAGAGAAGAAAGAAAGAUCCUCUGUAUCCUAAUCGCUUGUGAUUGUAACAAUGUUUACGAUUUCGAUACUACAGACGUGAGAAAGUACGUGUUGUUCUGCUAAUGCAAUCAAGUUUACCGCUUUGCUUAUUUCACUUAAAAGACACAUAUAUAUAAUCGACAGGGGAUUCCAAAGCAGCAGCCAUGAAUUACGUACGGUAUUUUACUAAAAUUAGUAUGGCCAGGAAACCCUCAAUUACAAGGUCACUAGUUGGUAUUUUACUGGAAAGUCCUCCCACAAUGAUAUCAAUGGCUACUGGAAUGCCAAAUGCCACUUUGUUUCCUGUAGAAGAAGCAUCUUUUAAAUUACAAAAUGGCACCACUCUCACUAUGUCCAAUACUGAAAUGCAAAGGGUACAACAGUAUUCAGAAACACAAGGCUUCCCAGAGUUAAUUAAAUGGUUAGGAGAUCUACAGGAAUACUCACAUAAUGUGUCUGCGCUGAAUCGGUCUGGUGACCAAAAAAUUAAAAUAGCUCUUACGAGCGGUAGUCAGGAUGGCUUGUCAAAGUUGUUCGAUGCUGUCGUGAACGAAAAUGACUACAUCUUGAGUGAGACACCUUGUUACUCUGGUCUUAAUGCUGUGCUGAGGCCUCUUUAUCCCAGAAUGCUUGCUGUUAAGACAGACAAAGAUGGAAUAAUUCCCAGUGAACUGUUGCGAGUUCUCUCCAAAUGGUCUCCACUUGAUGCCAAAGAUCCAAACAGUGACAUACCAAAAGUUAUCUACAUGGUACCAACUGGUUGCAACCCAACAGGUAUCAAUUAUUCUUUGGAACGAAAGAAGCAAAUCUACGAAAUUGCCAGAACUUACGACCUAUUAAUCGUAGAAGACGAUGCUUAUUACUACCUACAGUAUUCUCAGGAUUAUAUUCCUAGUUUUCUUUCACUUGAUGUCGACGGGAGAGUUGUCAGAGCAGACUCAUUUUCAAAACUGAUUUCUUCUGGGCUGAGAUGUGGCUUCAUAACUGGACCGGCAUAUGUUAUUGAUCGAAUAUUGCUUCAUCUGCAGACAUCAACAGUUCACGUCAGUGGUUUAUCACAGUUUUUGAUCUACAAGAUUUUAACAGAAUGGGGCUUGUCUGGCUUCAAGGAACAUGCUAAAAAAGUGGCGGAAUUUUAUGAAAAGCGUAGAGAUAUAACUAUUGAUGCUGCUGAAAAACAUCUGAAAGGUAUCGCAGAAUGGAAUGUUCCUGCUGGAGGUAUGUUCCUAUGGCUGAAGUUAAUUGGUAUAGAAGACACUUAUAGACUCAUAAUGGAAAAAGGGAGAGAGAAUGACAUUCUUUUUGUUCCAGGAAGUGCUUUCAUGACUUCUAAUGAGCCAUGCCCCUAUAUCAGGGCAGCUUUUUCUCUCUGUGAUACUCAAGAUAUAUAUUUGGUAAGUAAAUUAUGACUAACAUAAAAGUUU